AUUUCCCUCAAAAUCUCCAAUUCCUUGUUCCCAACAGGUAGGUUGGGGCUGCUUACCUUCCUUUUGUCAGAUUCCUUUGCCUGUCCUUUGGUAUCACAAACCCUGACACAAUCGAAGAAUAAAUCCACCCAUCCAAAGACACUACCCACAACUCCCAAAAUAAACACUAGAACACACUCACAUAUCAACAUUAUUCAACCCCUUUGCCAAAUCUCUCGUCACUCUUCAGUAACCCUCCUCCUUUGUCGAUGCUCAUGUGACUCUUUUUCUGUCCCAAAUGAAGACCAUAAUGGCAGCCAAAUCUCCUCAUGACUCUUCAUUCUCCUUCUCAAGGAGGUACUUCCAUUGGAAGAAGAAGGCCUUGGAUGAAUCUGAUGACGAGGAAGAAAUCCUCAACUUCUCAUCUUCAUCCUCACAUUUCCCUGAAGAAGUCGAUGACAACCAAGAGGAACACUACCACCCCCACCACCUCACACUCCAAAUGCCACAACAUGGUGCCAUCAGCACCAAGAAAAAACCCUACUUCUCCAAGAAGUCCAAGUUCAAGUCCGCCCUCACGGUCUUUACCACGCGUGUGCCGAGGCUGGGACUACACCACAACAAGAACAGUUCCAGUCUCGGCACGCGCGUGGUAGGGACACUCUUCGGCCACCGCCGUGGCCACGUGCACUUCGCCUUCCAGGAGGACCCAAAGCUGGGCCCAGCUUUCCUCAUAGAACUCGCGACCCCCACCAGCGUCCUCGUCCGGGAAAUGGCUUCGGGGCUGGUGAGAAUCGCGCUAGAAUGCGAGAAGAAGAAAAAGGGUGACAUUAACUACAACGCCAGCAGCAGCAAAGUGAGGCUGCUUGAGGAGCCACUCUGGAGAACGUACUGCAACGGGAGGAAGUGCGGAUACGCGAACAGGCGCGAGUGUGGGCCUGAGGUGUGGAAGAUACUGAAGGCGGUGGAGCCCAUAUCGAUGGGGGCUGGGGUGUUGCCGGUGUGCGUGAAUGGAGCUGCAGGGUCCGAGGAAGAAGCUGCUGGGGAGGUUAUGUAUAUGAGAGCUAAGUAUGAGAGGGUUGUGGGGUCCAGAGACUCUGAGGCGUUUUACAUGAUGAACCCUGAUGGGAGUGGAGGUCCUGAACUCAGCAUUUACUUGAUCAGAGUUUGAUUAACAUUGGCAAUGUAAUGGAUAUGUAUGUGCUUGCUUGUGCUGAAGUUUAUAGUUUAUGGACUAUGUUUGGGAUUGUUUGUGUAAAUAAGAUGAGGGACUACGUGAUUUCCCAGCUUGCUAGCUUUUCUUAUUAUGUUUCAAAUUUUGGAACCAAAAUACCUGUAUAUUCUGAAAUAUUUAAUCGAGAAUUUGCUUCCUUUUAUU